GUUCUUUUCUGUUCACUUUGAAAUAUAUAUCCUCAUAUUCCUCCCAUUCUUAAGUUUCAAACCAUAAGAGAAUAAUGGUGGUGAUACAACAUGACCAUCUCUUAACUCUUAUAGAUUUAAAUCCAAAAUAUCCACACGAUGAACAAGUAUAUGAUGAUGAGAAAGAUUUGAUUAGCAUUCAAGCCUUUCAAUGUUCAUGUGGUCGGUGCAAUAAAAAAAUCACCUAUUUCCACAGGUAUUAUUAUAAGUGCGAUCAAUGUGACUACUCACUCCACAAGUUAUGUUCAGAACUUCCCACCACACUAAAACAUGCAUCCCAUCUAGAACAUACUCUUUCCCUCUUUCAAAAUGAACCACGACAGAAGUGUCAUGUGUGUGAAUGUACUAUUUGGGAUCAACAACUUCGUUAUUACUGUUCUCCAUGUAUGCUAAACAUAUGUUUAGCUUGUGGUACGAAUGAGGUACACCACCGUACUAUUUAUCACCCUAGCCACAAACAUCCAUUAGUUCCUACAAGUAGGCCGAUUUUGGUAGCAUGUGACGCUUGUGGGGAUGAACAUAAAGGGGUAUUUUAUCAAUGUAUCACAUGUUUUCUAUUUUUCAUCCACGAGGACUGUGUUUUUGGUCCGAAAAGGUUGCUAAUUCAACAUGGUACAUGUGAUAAAUUUUUUCAUACUCAUCCUCUUAUCCUCACCUACGGAUUUCCAAGAGUAGAUCAACAAGCUAAAUUUUAUCCUAAAUGUAGGGUAUGCGACAAAUCCUUUUCUGGUUAUGAAAAUCUUUGGGUCUAUAAAUGUGAAAAAUGCAGAUAUUAUACUCAUUUUGGGUGUGCAUAUUUAAGAAGCAAGAAAUCCCAAGAAGCUGCCAGUCGUAUAACCCCAGAGAGAUACGAAGAUGAUCAUGAUGUUCUUCGUCUUCCGGUCUCCGAACAAAACUACAACAAAGUCAGAGACUUCUUUUUCAAAGAAAGGAAUUAUGAGAGCAGCAUUACUCAUCAUAGUCAUCAUCAUCCGCUAAUUCUUGUUGACGCACAAUGCAAUGACAUUACAACAAUGACUCAGAAUGACGCACGAUGCAAUGCAUGUUUGAUACCAAUCGAGAAGAAGAUGACGUUUUACAAGUGCAAAUUUAAUGGCCAAGGAUGCAACUUUCUUCUCCAUGAGUGGUGCACCCGCUUGCCUCCUGAAUUAAAAGGCCACGAAUAUCACCAAGAACACACCCUUCUUCUCUUGCCAAAAGCAGGUCAUGAGUUCCUUUGGUUCUACUGUAGUGUCUGCGAUGAUCUUUGCAAUGGGUUUGCUUACUCGUGUGUUGAAUGUGAUUGGAAAAUUGAUGUUUGGUGUGCAUUCACACGUGAGAAAAUCAAACAUAAAUCUCAUCCAAAUCACCUACUUUCAAGCCAUUAUGGGUAUAAUAGAUCUGGUGAAGACGGCUAUUGUCGUAUGUGUUUGUCCGGUUUCAUCGAUAACAAUGAAAUUUCAUUCAGUUGCGGACAGUGUGGGUUUCAUCUACAUCUUGGGUGUGCUUUGUUAUUGCCCGAGACAAUUAGGCACAGGUACGACAAGCACCCGCUGAGCCUAGCUUACUCCCCAGUUGAAAACCAUGAGGGUGAUUAUUUCUGUGAAGUCUGCGAGGAGGAACUUAAUCCUAAUGCUUGUUUCUAUCAUUGCCAUGAAUGUGUCCAGUCCAUACAUACAACUUGUGCUCCGUUAAUACCUCAAAGCAAACCAUACCUUUAUGGCGGCUUAAGGGUUCUUUGGAAGCGUGUAAAGAUGGGAGGCAUUUAUAAAACUGAAUAUCACCCGCACCCUCUUUCAUUUCUCAUAGGGACAACAAGUGAUGGUCAAUGCACCAAGUGUGGUGAACGCUUCUAUAACAAUUAUAUCUUAAAGUGUUCAGAGUGUAAGUUUGUAAUCCAUGCAAGAUGUUUAACAUAGUAGUACCUCAUUACUUGAGGUAUCAAUAAGAAUUAUCUAUCUGUAUUGCUGAUAAUUAAUAAAUCAUGUUUAUAUAUA